AUGUCCGCUCAAGCUUCCCGAGUCGCGUCCACGCGAACCCUGGUGAACACUGCGGCGGCGCGCAAGAACUCGCGCGCCGCGCGCUCGGCGACGCGCGCGCAAGCGCAAGCGCCGAAGCUCGACAUCAACACCAAGGUGUUCGAAAAAGAACUCGUCGAUGUCGCGGGCGAACAGGAAUACAUCGUCCGCGGUGGACGACACUUGUUCUCCAAGCUUCCGGAGGCGCUGAAGGGCAUCAAGUCCAUCGGCGUCAUCGGGUGGGGGUCGCAGGCGCCGGCGCAGGCGCAAAACUUCCGUGAUUCUCUCGCCGAGGCGGGCAUGAACGAUGUGACGGUGUCGAUCGGUCUGCGACCGGACUCCACGUCCAACGCCGAAGCGCGGGCGUGCGGUUUCAACGAGAAGGAUGGUACUCUGGGCGAGACGUUCGACGUCAUCGCCAAGAGCGACUUGGUCAUGUUGCUCAUCUCCGACGCCGCGCAGGCAAAGAUGUACCCGAGAAUCUUGGCGGCGAUGAAGCCGGGAUCGACGCUCGGUUUGUCUCACGGCUUCUUGCUUGGUGUGAUGAACUCCGAGGGGGCCAAGUUCCGCGAGGACAUUAACGUCGUGCUCGUCGCGCCGAAGGGCAUGGGUCCGUCUGUGCGCCGAUUGUACGAACAAGGCAAGACCACGAACGGUGCCGGUAUCAACGCCUCGUUCGCGGUUCACCAAGACGCGACUGGCAACGCCACGGACAUCGCCCUCGGCUGGUCCGUUGCCCUUGGCUCUCCGUUCACCUUUGCGACGACGCUCGAGAUGGAGUACCGCUCCGACAUCUACGGUGAGCGUGGCAUCUUGCUCGGCGGUGUCCACGGCAUCGUCGAAUCGUUGUUCCGCCGCUACACUCGCGCGGGUAUGUCUGACGAAGAUGCGUUCAAGAACACCGUCGAAUGCAUCACCGGCCCGAUCACGAAGAUCAUCUCCACGAAGGGCAUCAAGGCUGUCUACGAAGCCGUCGAUGACAAGAAGACUUUCAUGGAGGCUUACUCUGCGGCGUACAAGCCGUGCAAGGACAUUCACUACGAGUGCUACGAGGAGGUUCAAUCCACGAACGAAAUCCGAUCCGUCAUCAUGGCUGGCGAUCGCUUCGACCGCUUCCCGAUGGGUAAGAUCGACGAGACGUACAUGUGGAAGGUUGGCACUGAAGUUCGCGCCAAACGUGUCGAAAGCGAAAUCCCGCUCAACUCGUUCACCGCCGGUGUGUACUGCGCGUGCAUGAUGUCGCAAAUCGACACUCUCCGCGAGAAGGGUCACUCCUACUCCGAAGUGUGCAACGAGUCCGUCAUCGAAGCAGUUGACUCUCUCAACCCGUACAUGCACGCCCGUGGUGUCGCCUUCAUGGUUGACAACUGCUCCUUCACCGCCCGCCUUGGCUCCCGUAAGUGGGCGCCGCGUUACGACUACAUCCUUGACCAACAAGCGUACACCGCUUACGACAACAAGGUUGGUGUCGACUCCGAGCUUGAGUCCAAGUUCAUGAACAACCCGGCGCACAUUGCCAUUGCGAAGUGCUGCGAACUCCGCCCGUCGGUCGACAUCUCCGUCUCCACCCAAGGUUCGGACGGCGUCGGUGGCGCUCGCGAACAAAACAAGAUGGGUUAA